UCCCCGAUCAAAGGGGCCCUUGUCCCGCAGCGGGGACAGCGGCGCUGAUGUGGCAGCGGCGGGGGAGGGAUGAGCGGGGCUCCCCCGUGUGCCCCGGGAGCCUCGGCGGGGCCGGGCCGGGCCGUGACGUGGCAACUUCCGAGGUGAUUCCGGCUGCACCUUCCCCGGAGAGCCAGCCCGCAGCUCCUGCUCGCCCCGCCGGCAGCUGCCCAGCGCCGGAGAUGAUGAUUCGCAGGCAGCAGGGACGCGCAGGUGACCCCGCGGAGCCAUGAACGCCUCUCUGGCCGGCAGCCAGCUGAGACAGCCCGAACCUCAGGACGUGGCCGCCUUCACUCCCGUCUCCAUCGUCAAGAGUGUGACAAAGAAAUCGGACGCUCUGCCCGUGAUCUCGGCCAUCGUGGUGGCGUUCGUGCUGCUGGCCGUGCUCAUCGUCCUGGCCGUGCACUACGGGCCCCAGCUGCGCACCGUGCAGAUCACGCUGUACCACGAGCCCAUGCCCCAGCUCAUGGACAGCGUGCUCCUCACCCACUGGAGACAGCUGGAUUCCCACGGGAAGCUGCCGGGCCGGGAUCUGCCCGGCGUGGACUCUGCUGGGGUGAUCUGCCACUGCUCCUGCAGCCGUCACCUUCCCCUUGGGAGCGCUGAGCCCAAUGUCAUCGAGAUCACCUACCUGUGACACGGCCCUGGGCCACCUGGGCACAAGGCACGUGGCCCUCGGGAAAGGCUGGGAUGGGAUGUUCCUGUAUCCCGGGACUCGCCGCUGCCCACACACGGAGGCUGCACCUCCCCAGAGCCGUGUCUGGCCCCAGGAACACUCAGCCAGGAGGUUCAGGGUCCCUGCAGUGUCCCUGGAAGCUGCAUCACCCCAGAGCUGUGUCUGGCCCCAGGAACGCUCAGCCAGGAGGUUCAGGACCCGUCAGUGGCCCCCAGAAGUCCAGCCCAGGGGUGCCACUGUCCCCAGGCAGGAGCUGGGUCCCAGCCCUGGCUCUGGGGCUGGUUCAGCCUACCUGGGACAGCUUUAGCAUCUCUUCUGCCCUGGUUUUACCUGUCCCACAUUGCCUGGGAGGGGCCAGCAGAGCUGCCUUGGUCCUUGCCCCAGCUGCAGAGCUCUGGGGCUGUGCUUGGCUCCCGGCAUUAGCUGGAAGUUGCAUCACCUGGAAUUGUUUUCCGGUGAAGAUGUUUCCACACUCGAUGUGUCCUCGUGACACUGUUUCUAUGGCACAGAGAAGCUUCCAGCCGCUCUUUGCCUCUCACCACAGCCCCUUUUCCCACGGUGGGGGGCUGGAACAUCGUCCUGCCCCUGCCAGCCCCCCCAGCCCCUCGGGCAAACAGCCAGAGACGGGGGGAGAGGAUGCAGCUCCUGGUUCUGUGUGGGGCGGUGCCAGGGACGGGGACAACGCGUCCUGUCCCCAGUGGAGUGGGUGAGAGAGGAGCGGUGACACAGCAGAGGCCAGAGAGGUGAUAAUGGCACAGCACAGCUGGCUGAACAUCUGGAGGCGUUGGCACCAGAGGGGAAGCUCAUGUGACUCUGGGCAGAGCCUGCAGCACCUCUGUGCAAAGGGACGGGGAGACCUGAGGUCACCCCCACUGUCACCUUCAAUGUGUCACCUUUACUGUGUCAC